AGGUGGGAUUUUCUGGAGGAGCUAAACUAGAGAUUACACAAGAAAGGCGUCUUCUUCUUCUUCUUCCUCUUCAGUCUACAGAGAGAAAAUCCAGAGAGAUGUCGGACGAGGAACAUCACUUCGACUCGAAGGCCGAUGCAGGAGCCUCCAAGACUUAUCCUCAGCAAGCUGGAACCAUCCGCAAGAAUGGCUAUAUAGUUAUCAAAGGCCGCGCUUGCAAGGUUGUGGAAGUUUCAACUUCAAAAACUGGCAAGCACGGACAUGCAAAGUGCCACUUUGUGGGUAUUGAUAUAUUCAAUGGGAAGAAACUUGAAGAUAUUGUUCCUUCAUCCCACAACUGUGAUGUCCCCCAUGUCAAUCGCACUGAUUACCAGCUGAUUGAUAUAUCUGAGGAUGGAUUUGUGAGUCUGUUGACUGAUAAUGGAAACACCAAGGAUGAUCUGAGGCUUCCCACCGAUGACAAUCUGCUUACCCAGAUUAAAGAUGGGUUUGCCGAAGGAAAGGAUCUUGUGGUUUCUGUCAUGUCUGCAAUGGGAGAGGAGCAGAUCUGUGCCCUUAAGGACAUUGGCCCUAAGAAUUAAUCAUGUUGCUCUAGCUUUACCUAUAAAGCAUUGGACUCCUUUUUUUUCCUUUCUAUUUAUGUUGCUGAGUUUUCUCUGCUUUGUUUGGGCAGCAAACUGAUCUAUAAAGCUCAUAUAGUAGCUCUUUAAUCCUUGGAAUUGUGGGCGUGAUGGAAUUUAUUAUAUAAAAUUAGAUGAUGAUAUUUUUAUUUGAUUUA